CAGUGAACGAAGUGCUACACGCGGUUGUGCCGACACGCAACGGUCACAUUUUGAACAAUGGAGUCGAGAAUUAUUUUUAUUUUGUCUUUAGUUGCUGUCGCGCAAUGCAAAUUGGUGCCGUUGUCGUGCAAACAAAUACGUUCUCUUGUGGAUGGCCACAAUUCCCGGCGUCUCCAAAUAGCUAAAGGAAAGAUCCCAAAACAACCUGCGGCUUCAGAAAUGAAAAUGAUGUUAUGGGAUGAUGAGUUGGCUUCAAAAGCGGAGGGCUGGGUUAGCAGAAACCAUAAUUUCCACAAUCCAGAUCGGACUAUACCAACUGGCAGAUUUACGACGGGCGAAAAUUUAUAUUGGUACUCAACAACCAAUCUCAGAUACGAAUUGAACCUUGAAAAUGCUCUCAAUUCCUGGUUUAGCGAACACGAAAACUACACCUACGGUCCUCUUAAAAGCAGUGACUUUGAUGGUUCGAGAGAUUACGACAUUGGACAUUUUACUCAGAUGGUGUGGUCAGAUAGCAUUUACCUAGGAUGCGCCGUGUCACAGAUGUUCAAACUUGGUUGGAACAAAUACUACGUCGUGUGUAACUACGGGCCUGGAGGAAAUUAUCUACACGAAAAACCGUACCGAGUGAGCGGAGGUGCUAGCGGAAAAUUAAAAUGUGGAGUGAAAGAUUGUACAAGACCCUAUGGAUCAAAGUGUAAAUAAAAUAUUAUUAUAAAACAAAACGACUAAGUACCAAAAUUAAACAACAAUGCCAAUUUACUUAUUUUUUUUUUUAAUGUUUAUUAUAAGGACUGGAUGUCUAGAUAAAGUGUUAAUCGGCUUGAAG